AUGAGUUCAGAAUACAACCCAGCGCGUUCUGCAUCACCAGAUGCGGAAGAUGACCCGGAUCUGGCCUUGGCCAUUGCAUUAUCUUUGCAACAAGAAGACAUCACACUUCACAAUCGAUCGGAGGCGUCGAAUGCGCCAGCGAGCCCUUUAAAACAGUCCAUCAAGCCUACCACUGGUGUUACGUUUGGGUCCCUUGCUCUUGACAGGAAAAAAAUGGAAGAGGAACGUCUCGCAAGACUGGGAAAACGAUCAGCUACGCAAGCUGACCUUGACGAGAACUUCCAGACGUCAAAAUCUCAACGGACUGAUGCCGCUGACAGCCAAGAGUUGAGAAACGCUGCCCCUGUUCUGAAGGUACAAGAGCAAGCAGCCAAUGCCCUCGAUCUACCUUUCGCCAAGGGAGCCUUCAGGAGAACCUGGGCACGAGGAUACCCGAGGACGGGUGAUGAUAUCAAGAUCGAAGAAGUGUUGCAAAAAGAGCAGCUGCAGCUCGCCGUUCUUUCCUCUUUUCAAUGGGAUGAGGAGUGGCUUCUGUCGAAGAUCGACUGUCGGCGCACCAAGAUGGUGCUGGUUGCGUAUGCAGCAAACGACGCAGAGAAAGCAGUGAUUCGGUCAAACGCCCCUGCUGGGCUCAUCAGAUUCUGCUUCCCGCCCAUGCACGGCGGGUAUAUGCAUUCUAAGUUGCAGAUCCUAAACUAUCUCCGACUUGUGGUUCCUUCCGGCAAUCUGGUUCCCUACGAUUGGGGAGAAACGGGUGUUCUAGAAAACAUGGUGUUUCUCAUCGACCUGCCUCGCUUCGAGACGCAGCAGACUACAGCCGGUACGGAGACACUGUUUGGAAAGGAGCUGCGGCGCUUCCUAACAGCUCUUGGUAUUGGUGAGAAACUGGUCAAGAGCCUUGACAAUUACGACUUUUCUGAAACGAGUCGCUACGGAUUUGUCCAUACAAUUUCCGGGAGCCAUGCGAAUGACUCUUGGCAACACACAGGCUACUGUGGACUCGGAAAUACUGCUCGUAGUUUGGGGUUAGCAACCGACUAUCCCGUCGACGUUGACUACGUGGCUUCUUCGCUGGGAUCUCUGAACCAUGGUUAUUUGACAGCUAUUUACAAUGCUUGUCAAGGUGAUUCGGGCAUGAAGGAAUACGAAGCGAGACAGUCCAAGUCGACCAGAAGCAAGGCCGGAAGGUCAGGUCCUUCCGCUUCUAGAACAAUUGCCGCCGAAGCGGUCGAUUUGCAGCAUCAUUUCCGUAUUUAUUUCCCGACCGAAAAGACCGUUUCGAGCAGCCGAGGCGGUAGAUCUGCUGCCGGCACUAUUUGCAUGCAAGAGAAGUGGUGGAAGUCUUCCACCUUUCCGCGAGAAUUACUGCGAGAUUGCGAAAGCACCCGAACAGGUCUGCUGUUGCAUAGCAAGGCCAUUUUUGUGCGAGAACGAGCGUGCAACGGUGCGGUCUGGGCAUACAUGGGGAGCGCAAACUUGUCAGAGAGUGCAUGGGGCCGGUUAGUGAAGGACCGGGAGUCGGGAACGGCCAAGCUCUCCUGUCGCAACUGGGAGUGCGGCGUGUUGGUCGCGGUGGGCAGGACGGCGGGCUGCGCGGAUUCUGGGACACGGCGGGGAGCCGACCAAGGUGCCCAGACGCUGGAGCGGGCGCGGGCGCAGAUUCACAUGGGUCGCGGCGGAAAGGAGGGCGAUGAGGAAAACCCGCAGCACCAGCAACGGCGGCAGCGACACCAAGGCGAAUCACCAGGCUUCGAUGAAGCGUUUGGAACGACGAUGCCCAUUCCGAUGAAGGUGCCGGCGGGGCUCUACACGUCAGAUGAAUCGGCAGCCAGCCGGCCUUGGUUUUUCAUGAAGGCCGAUUGA